AUGAAGAUAACCAUGAGAGCUGUUUUACUUCUGUUCAGGUUUCUAAGCACUAUGGUAGCCAUAACUAUUAGUAUUGGUUUGUGCAAUGGGAAUCUGGGAGUGCCUUGCAAAGAAAGUGAAAGACAAGCACUUUUGCUAUUCCAGAAGGAUCUUAAGGAUCCUUCAAAUCGGCUUUCGUCGUGGGUAGGUGAAGGAGUUUGUUGCAAUUGGACUGGAGUUGUCUGUGAUGACUUAACCGGUCACGUCCGCGAGCUCCACCUUAAAAAACCCGACUCUCAACAGGAUCUCCACUUAUCUUAUGGGGAUUUCUAUGUCACUUCUACUUGGUUGGGUGGUAAGAUAAAUCCUUCUUUGCUCAGUUUGAAGUAUCUCAACUACUUGGACUUAAGUUACAAUAAUUUUCAAGGUACUCAGAUUCCUUGCUUCCUUGGUUCACUUAAAAGUUUAAGAUAUCUUAACCUAUCUGAGGCAAGCUUCGAAGGUAUAAUUCCUCCUCAGUUGGGAAAUCUCUCAAAUUUACAGUAUCUUGGUCUCCGCGGUUACAAGCUUAAGGUUGAGAAUCUUCAAUGGGUUUCUGGUCUCUCUCAUUUGAAAAAACUUGACAUGAGUCGUGCUAAUCUUAGUAAAGCAUCCGACUGGUUACAAGUUCCAAACAUGCUCCCCUCUUUGGUAGAGUUACAUAUGGCCGGCUGUCAACUUGAUCACAUUCCCCCUCUACCCCUCAUAAAUUUUACUUCACUUGCCAUCCUUGAUCUUUCUGAAAACACAUUUGAUUCUUUGAUGCCCAGGUGGGUUUUCAGUCUUAGAAAUCUAGUUUCCCUUUCUCUCAAAGGUUGUGGUUUCCAAGGUUCAUUUUCUAGCCAUCCACAAAAUAACUCAUCUCUCAAGGAACUUGAUCUUUCAUUGCACAAUCUGUGUGAGUUGAUGGAUCUUGAUCUGUCAUUCAACAAUUUCAAUGGCAAUGUAUCAGAAAUCUUUAACAGUUUGUCUGUGUGUGGUCCAGACAAAUUAAAGUCCUUGUCGUUAGGGUCUAAUAAUUUUUCAGGUCAUUUGGCAGAGCAUGUAGGAAAUUUUAAAAAUUUAAGCCACCUUGAUCUUUCUGCUAAUUCUAUAUCAGGUCCAAUUCCUGUGUCCUUGGGGAAUCUGUCCGUGUUAAUAGAAUUGCUGAUUUAUGACAAUCAGUUUAAUGGAACUCUCCCAGAAAGUAUUAGUCAACUCAAAAUGCUUACUGUUUUGGAUAUAUCUUAUAAUUCAUUAGAAGGAGUAGUGUCUGAAGUUCAUUUUACUUACCUUACAAAAUUGAAGGAUUUCGUUGGAAAAGGAAACUCAUUGGCUCUGAAUACCAGUCGAGGUUGGCUUCCUCCUUUUCAACUCAAUCGCUUAUGGUUGGAUUAUUGGCAUCUAGGACAUAAAUUUCCUAUGUGGCUUCAGACUCAAAAGCAAUUGAAGCUUCUAAGCCUACCCAAUACAGGAAUUUCAGAUACCAUUCCGGCUUGGUUUCCAAACAUAUCUUCCCAGUUGGUGGCUCUAAAUCUCUCUCACAACCAAUUGCAUGGUGAAAUUAAAAAUAUAGUGGCCGGCUUUCAGUCAGCAAUUGACCUAAGUUCAAACCAGUUCAAUGGUUCAUUACCUUUUGUUUCCCCCUCAGUAUCUGCACUAGAUCUUUCCAAUUCAUCAUUUUCUGGAUCACUCUUCCACUUCUUUUGUGAUAGGAUGGAUGAACCAAAAAACCUUUCUUCUCUUCGUCUAGGGGACAAUCUUCUUACUGGAGACAUUCCUAAUUGCUUGAUGAAUUGGAAAAGGUUGGUGAUGUUAAACUUAAAAAGUAACAAUUUGAGUGGGAACAUUCCAAGCUCCAUAGGAUACUUAAAAAGGCUGAGCUCACUACAGUUGCACAAUAAUCAGCUAUCUGGAGAAUUACCUUUGUCCAUGCAGAACUGUACAGACUUGUUAGUUGUUGACCUUGGCGAAAACAUGUUUGUUGGCAGCCCUCUAACAUGGAUUGGGAAAAGCCUUUCGAUUUUGAAGGUUCUUAACAUUCGUUCAAAUAACCUUCAGGGAGACAUUCCUCAUGAACUCUGUUAUCUGAAAAGUCUCCAAAUCUUGGAUCUUGCACAGAACAAUCUAUCAGGAACAAUACCAAGAUGCUUCCACAACUUCAGUGCAAUGGCCACCUUCCCAAAUUCAUCGAUCUUGACAUUUGCUGAUUAUUUAAUGGAUAAUGUGAUCUUGUUUACAAAAGGGAGAGGAGCAGAAUAUGGUCGCAAAUUGCUUAAGUUGGUAAAAAGCAUGGACCUUUCAGACAACAUGAUAUAUGGUGAGAUCCCUGAGGAACUGACCAGUCUCGUUGGGUUGCAAUCACUGAAUCUAUCAAAAAAUCUUUUGGCUGGAAGAAUCCCUUCAAAUAUUGGUGACAUGAAAUGGUUAGAAUCUAUGGAUUUUUCAAUGAACCAAUUUAGUGGUGAAAUUCCUCCGAGCACAGCGAGUUUGACAUUUUUGAGUCAUUUGAACUUGUCCUACAAUAAUUUGACGGGACAAAUUCCGAAAAGCACUCAGCUCCAGAGCUUUGAUGAGUCUUGCUUUAUCGGCAAUGAACUUUGCGGAGCUCCACUCGACAAGAAUUGCAGUGCAAAUGGGGUGAUACCACCACCAGCAGUUGAGCAACACAGAGGAUACCAUUUACUUGAAGACGGUUGGUUCUAUCUUAGCUUGGGACUGGGGUUCAUGUUUGGUUUUUGGGGUGUACUUGGUUCGUUCAUGCUAAACAUGCCAUGGAGCAUUGCUUUUUCCCGAUUUCUAAAUAGCAUGGUAGUUAAACUUUAUGGUGUAAUUGUUGACUACAUUUAGCUAAGUUUCUUUUUCUUUUUGGGGGUGAAAUAUAUUUAGCUAGUUUUGUUUGUACAUAGAAUGAGCUUGUUGCGUUUUUAUUUUUUUUGGUCGAAGUACAAUAUAUAAGUUAGCAGUUCUACUAUUAAUAAACCGAGAUAUUUUAUAAUAAAACAGUAUCAAUGUUGCUCGUAGUGGAUCCUUCUCUAUGUUUAAAUAAUGAAUUCAUCCUAUUUAUUGUAAAUAAUAUGAAA